AUUUACUAAAGUUUUUAACGCAAUAUAAAGCACUAGAUUUUAUUUUCUUACCAGACAGUAACCGCCGUUUCAACUCCAUUUUCACCUCUCACCAAAACCCUCACGCCGCCGGCUAUUUUUUUUACCAUACCAUGGACCUCUUCGCCGCCGACCACGUCGCUCCAUUUCCCGAUACCGGAGACCUUCUCUUCGCAGCCGGCCUUCUCUCCAACCGCAACAAUCCACAGAAACUCCGUCCCAUCAGGUCCGUCCCUCCUCUUACUGCUCACCUAGUCAAUGCUCAGCCCCCUUCCAAACUUCACCCUCCAGAAUCUCCCUCUCAGACGCAUGCCCCGACUGAAUCCGGGUCGGGUCAUUCUCCGUUGCCUAAUAGGCAGGAACCCGGUUCGUCUUUGGAUGAUGAAGAUGAUGUUGACGACGAAGAGAAUUCGUCGGGAAGUACUAAAGAAUUUGGCUCGAGAAAGAGAAGGAAAAAGUCGGCGAGAAAGCUUGAAUGUUUUGUAGAAGGUUUGGUUAAGAGGGUGAUGGAGAAGCAAGAGCAGAUGCAUAAGGAAUUGGUGGAAAUGAUAGAGAAGACGGAGAAAGAAAGAAUGAAUAGAGAAGACGCGUGGAGGCGCGAGGAGAUGGAAAGAAUUAAGAAAGAAGACGAAGCUAGAGCGCAAGAAAGGUCUCGUAGUUUAGCCUUAAUAUCGUUCAUUCAGAAACUAUUAGGCCAUGAGAUUCAGAUUCCUCAACAAGCUAUGAACCUAUUGGGUCAUGAAAUUCAGAUUCUUUCUCAACCAGCAGAAGGAAGCGGAAAAAAAGAAGAAUACGGAGUUGAGGUAAACAACAACAAAAGAGAUUUCAACGGUGAUAUGAGUAACAAUAGAUGGCCGGAUGUGGAAGUACAAGCACUCAUAGCGGUAAGAACUGCGUUGGAACACAGGUUUGGUGUCGGUCUUACAGGAGCAAAAGGAUCGAUAUGGGAGGAGAUAUCUGAAGCAUUACGCGGAAAGGGAUACAAUCGAUCCGCGAAGAAGUGUAAGGAGAAAUGGGAAAACAUCAACAAGUACUACAAGAGGACAGUGGGAAGUGGCAAGAAACGGCCUCUAAAUAGUAAAACUUGCCCUUACUUUGAUGAAUUGGAUAAUCUGUAUAGAAAUGGGUCAUUCAACAGCCUUGGAAAUGCAUUGAGCAAUACCAAUAAUGUUUCCAUGAGUGAAGUAAAGGAGCAAGGUGAAAUUUGAUAAUCAUAAUUGUGGCUCAUGUAACACAUACUCUCAUUAUUACUUAGUCAUUUUUCAUUUUGAUUCAUCUUAAUAAUGAACUUUUUAGAUGAUAUACUACCAUUCUUAAUAGCCUGUGUUCUUGUACUGAAAGAUUAACUAAAUGGUCAGUUUUGUGUUGUAGACCAAUUGUUUGCAGAAAGAAAAUUGAAUACUUUUGCAUGGAGAAA